CUAUUUGGGCCACCAAGCGCCCCUAGAGGAAAAGUGAUUUUAGCAACAGCAUUUGCUGUUAUGUGAAUUGCAAUGCUAGUCCGCUUCGCUGUGGUUGGACAUGGCGGCGCUGAUUAGAGGACUGAGAGCUGGAAGGGCCUUGCGGGGUCUGGGCAGCGUUGCAUUUCAAGGCACUGUCAGUCCCCAGUGCAGCAAUGUGAGACGUGGCUUCCAUCGUGCCAUCCUGUUACGACUGGCCAAUGACUCUAAAAGUGACACAUCUGUACCACCUCCAUCCUACCAUGAAGUCCACACAGCUGGAGAGGGCUCAUCUUCUUCAGCACAGGCAGAAUCUUCAGAAGAUGGCCAGCCAAACACCAGUUUUCAAGAUCAGAGUGGAGAACAUGGUGAAGACUAUGAGACGGAAGAGCAGCUUCAAGCUCGCAUCCUGACCGCGUCUUUGGAGUUUGUUCCGCAGCACGGCUGGACUGUGGAGGCCAUCGCAGCUGGAGCAGAGACUCUUGGCCUGUCAUCAGCUUCCACUGGGAUGUUCAACAAUGGAGCCGGAGACUUGGUCCUGCAUUUCGUCGCGCAGUGUAACGCUCAACUUGCCGAGACAAUGGCAGAGCAACAUAACCAGGUCCAGCUUGGCCAGGCAGAAUCAAAGAAAACGGCAGAGUUUCUGAGAGACGCAGUGGAAAUGAGACUGCGGAUGUUGACUCCUUAUAUUGACACGUGGCCUCAGGCCAUGAGCAUCCUGCUACUGCCACACAACAUCCCCGACAGCCUGAAGCACCUGUCCACGAUGGUGGACGACAUCUGGUACUACGCAGGCGAUCGCUCGACAGACGUGAACUGGUACACACGGCGGGCGGCACUGACAGGGAUCUAUAACACCACAGAGCUGGUGAUGGUGCAGGACUCGUCUCCUGACUUUGAAGAGACAUGGGCCUUCCUCGACAAUCGCAUAAAGGACGUAGUUAACAUGGCGAACACGGCAAAACAGGUGCAAGCCACAGGAGAAGCCAUGGUUCAGGGACUCAUGGGAGCAGCAAUUACGCUGAAGAACCUAACAGGGAUGAACCAGAGACGAUGAAUUUCUUCUGAUGCUCCUGCCUUUGUUUUGUCUUGUUUUCUACUCUCUGACCCCUCGACCGUGCAGCAUAAACGUAUGACAGCUCACUCGCCCGCUCUAAACCAACAAUGAAAGUGUUUGUGUUACGAUACAGGGUCGAUAAUCACACCCUUAGCACUUUUAAAUGGGUCAGCUGUGCCAUAUUUAAUUCCUCUGUCUCUAUCUUAACCCGGGCCCAGUGAGGAACCAGAUUUCUUUCAGGCACUGCAGUCUGCUGUCACGUUCUCUGCAUUUGUAAAAAGAAAAAAUAUCACUGUAAAUUGUAUUUGAGAGCACUAUGUUCAUACGGUUUGUGUCUCUCACUGGAGAGUCCCUCAUUAAAAGAAAUAAAGGGUAUCCUAUUUA